CCUAUUUGGUACACAACGGCGACUGUAAAUUCUUUCUGCGGAAUCCCAAUGAGGGCCGCUGCGGCGCUUACGGCCUGCUUCUUCUGUGUGGCGCUGGCCACAGCACAAUCGCAGCCGAAGGGCAGCUGCCGAGAGGAGUCGGAGACCGCGUGUCAGUGCGAAUCGGGCAUCCUUUGUUCAGGCGUGAGCAGUGCCAGCUACUGCGCCAGUGACGCUGACCACAGCUGCGUCGCAGGCACGUGCUCCGUCUGCCCAGGUACUACGGCCGGCUGGCAAAAGAAGCUCAUCUGCCGAACUGUGUUGUGUUGCCUCGUCCUUGUGUGUGGGUUGCAGUGUCUGCCAGUGCCCGCCUUCUCCCGCCCAUCGACACCAACGCCGACAAAGAGCUGCUCGAUUUUGAUCCGACGGGCACUGAGGAGCCGCCACUAGUGGACGUGGUGACGCCUGACGCAAUCGUGACAGAGCUGUGUGCAGAGCCGCCGUGCUCAGGACCGGGCCUGAGGUCGGCAGAGGAGGAGACGAAGAGAAGAGAAGGGGCCACGAUGGGAGAGGAGGAGGAGGUGCCGGCGCAGGAGGAGCCGGACGCACCCCGGGCGUAUUCGUGCGUGCCGGAGGGGGGCACCUGCCGGCACAUGUCCGACUGCUGCAACCUCUCGUGCCACUUCUCACUCACCCACGCACCCGGCAGCACGGCAGGGCUCAGAUGCAGUGAGUGAGCACGAGGGCCGGAGGCAGAGGGGAGCAAGAGAGGCCAUGGGCACACACAUACACAGACGGAUGUUUUGCUGGGGCAAUAAGUAUGACAUAUGCCUUUGUCUGUGGUCAGUUGCGAAGGACGCCCGAGAAGCAAUUACGCUGCCUCGUGCUGAAUUGCCCGAUCUCCCCGACGGCGGACACGGCGGGCUGCCUGGAAUUGGCUACUGGGAGAGGGGGCGCGGGCAUGUGCUCCGCCGCCUGUUCAACGACGGUGUGUCAAGGCGCAGCCAGAAGAAAGUGGCGGGCAACUGUGAGCUGCCCCCCCAAGGCGACUGCAGGAUGAUUUCUGGCCUGGCCCCCGACUACCCGGCCGUUCCCGAGCCCGAGUGCCCUCUCGCCGUGGGAUGCAUCCGCCAGUACUGCUGCAAAUACCGUGAGCAACGCAAUACGGCCUGGGGGGGGUAUUUGGUGAAAGCGAAACACUCACCAUGUGUCUGUGGGGGUGUGGCAGAGACUGAUGCAAGCGGGGAGUUUCGACUGAUAGGCAAACGUGCCACGAUGAAGGCGCCCGAGCCCCCUGCCGCACGAGUGACGGUUCACAUCGCAAAGCCAUGACGAUUGCAAC